AUGAAACUUCUAAUAAUCUUUUUAUUCCUUUAUAAGAUAGUAAGUUUACCUAUACAGGGUAAUGAACACUUAACAGGAGAUCCAGUUAUAAGUCAUCAAGUGAAAUUUGAAAUAACGGAAAGAAGAACCGAUUUAGAAGUAAAUGAUUUUAUUGAUACUGAAGUUGGAACUUUAACAUUAGGAUUAUUCGGGAUAACUGUACCCAAAACAGUUAGAAAUUUCGUAGCAUUAGCCAAUCUGACAUAUGGAUAUGGAUAUAAAGAUACACCAUUCCACAGAAUUAUCAAAGAUUUCAUGGUUCAAGGUGGAGAUAUCAAAUCAGGACCACCAUCAAUCUAUGGAGAUAAAUUUAAAGAUGAAAAUUUCAUACUCAAGCAUGAUAAAAGAGGAAGAUUAUCCAUGGCCAAUGCCGGACCUAAUACUAAUGGAGGACAAUUUUUUAUCACUACUAAAGAGGAUUGUGGAUGGUUAAAUGGUCAUCAUGUAGUUUUUGGACAAUUGAUUGAUGGGUUUGAUACUUUACAAUAUUUGGAUAAUGUCCAAACCGGUCAACAUGAUAAACCUGUCAAUGACUAUAUAAUCUCCAAAGUGGAAGUCAUAACUAUCUAUGAUUCUGACACUAUGGUUCAUGAAAAGGAAAAUGUGCCAGUUGAAACUAUUAUUGAACCUCCAGGUCAAAAUUAUAGUUACUUGUUCAUUUUCAUUCUUUUAGUGGCCGUUGGAUUAUUUGUUAGAAAGCAUUAUUUCAAAAGACAAUACAUCACAGAUAUUAAAGAUUCAAAUUAUUUCUAG